AGAGUUGAAUUGAGUGAGAGAACCCUACGAUCGGAUCGGGUUUCAAUGAUGUUGAAAGUGAGUGUCUUGAUGUUGCUUGCCAUGGCUUUGGCAGCAACUACUGCUCAUGCUCGCUUAUACCUAUUUGGCCAGCUGCUUACCUCUAGUAACCAACCACACCAUAAUCAAGACGGAUCACAAUUGCAGGUGGAACAACAAAAAGCAACUACUAAAGUUCAGCCUUUAGGCGCCAUUCCAUAUCCAGAAUGCAUCAAAACAUGCGACACAUGUUUUUGCACACUAAUUUAUCCGCCUGAACUAUCUAUGUGCAUUUGUGGCGACUCUGUCAAAUCAUCAAGCCCUAAAGUGACCGGUCAGAAUAGCAACAAAGUGAAUGCGAAGAGAGCACAUGUGCGGGUGGUGCAAGAAAAAUCAAUUACUGAAGUUGAGUCUUUAGACGCCAUUCCAUAUCCAGAAUGCAUGAAAACAUGCGACACAUGUCUUUGCACACUAAUUUAUCCACCUGAACUAUCUAUGUGCAUUUGUGGUGACUCUGUCAAAUCAUCAAGCCCUAAAGUUACCGGUCAGAAUAGCAACCAAGUGGAUGCACAGAGACCAAAGGUACAGGUGAUAGAAGAAGAAAAAGCAAUUACAAAAGUUCAGUCUUUAGGUGCUAUUCCAUAUCCAGAAUGCAUCAAAAUAUGCGGCACAUGUUUUUGCACACCAAUUUAUCCGCCUGAACAAUCAAUGUGCAUUUGUGGUGACUCUGUCAAAUCAUCAACUACUAAAGCUGAAGGCAGAGCCCUCUCCAUGUAGCUGGAGCCUGGAGGACUAGCUUGCUAGCUAGCUGGUAUUCCCUAAAUGGCUAAAUGGUCGAGUUUGUUGAAAAAUAAAAGGGCUAUAUUUGUUGGAUUUACUCCUGCUAAUGAUGCCCUGGACUUCAUCGAGCUUCCUUAAUGAUGUGUUUUAAGGUUUCAGUUAGUUUCAAUGUACAAUAAGCUUGUAAUUGCUAUGCCCAUAUGGCUAUAUGCAUGUGACCGUUUUCUAUUUAUAUUGUAUUUGCCAUGAAAAUAAGGUUUAUGAGUAUUCUCAUUAAAUAA